CCUUUAUAUCGACAGUUUCAGAAGGCGUGAUAUUUAUUGUCAUGUGUGGCCCACAGUAAUACCUUAUUUGCCGGGAUAUUUUGAGGUUUGUCAGGCUCUUAGUGUUAUCUUUUAAAUACACUUUUAUGUUCAGUUGAAUGAACAUGGUAGAUGGACAGAUCUUGCAAGCAAUACAAACUUUAUUCACUGUACGAGUAGCACUGUUUGCUCAUAGUUCCUAGUGUGCAGAUUUAAUGAAAUAAUUUUGUUUAUUGUUGAAAACAGCAUUGAGAUUUUAUGAAGUCAAGAUCAGGAUCAUUUCUGUGUAUGUUAAGGAACCAGACUGUCAGCCAAGUGAAUAGUUCUCUUUUCUGCCCAAGAGGAAAUUGGAGACAAGUGAGACUGAUUGCCUCUAAUCGUCUUCUUCAGAUUUUGUUUCUUCUUCAGCGUGAAGCUUAUGCAAUUCCUAGGUAUUGUGAGGAAGACUUGUUGAGCUCAGUUUUUCUCUCCUUCAUGGAUUAUUCAAGGACAGUGUAUUCACAGACUAUAACAGUGAAUGUGCAAAUUGCCAUGACCUAGUUGAUAAUACUAUCUUAACAAUUUAUCUGGAGGUACUGAAGAAAAACUACAGAAUCCUCACUGGAGAUAUCUAGCGGUCAAGCUUACAUUCAGAGUGCAUACUUCCCAUGAAUGGUCACCAGCUUGCUGUUCAGUGUACAUGAUAACAUGUCUUGAGUGGUUCACCAUCUGAAUUCAGUGCCCCUGGCAGUUGCUCACUUGUUUGUGUUAUACCUUGUGUUUUAACAUGUCAGAAGAAUAUCUCAGUUGACAAGUGAUUUACACAGCACUGUGAAAAGGAGUCCUCAGGAGGAAGGGGACAUGUUGUCACAAUAUGGGAAGCUAAAGAUUGUUCAAGCACAUUAGGUCAGGGCCAGAGAAUUCGUCAGGGGAUGCUGUCAGAUGUGGUGAAAUACGUCAGGAAGAGAGAAAUGCCCAGCUGUCCUGAGAAAGGUGGUGUUUGCACUAAGGCAGUCCAGGAAAGUAAUUUUAUUUGCAGGAGUGAAGAAGGAGGUGGUGCUUCAUAUGAGACCUCUGAGGACCUAGCACGCUGUAAUAAGAAAGCCUCGCUUGCAGUUAAUUCGUAUUUAUACUCUCCAAGUGAUCAAGAAUCUAACAGUGAACAGAAACUUCAUUUUCCCAUGAGACCUGAAAACGGAAGUCAUCAAUGUGAUGUAUGUGCUAAAGUGUUUUUAACAACUGCUGGAAUUAGAAGGCACAAGAAAACUCACAUCCAAGAUCGCCCUUAUGCUUGUGGAAUGUGCACUAAGACUUACAAAAAUUCCUCCCAGCUUGGAGUCCAUAAGAAACGUGUACAUUUUGGAAAUAAUAGUCAUAUAUGUACUGUUUGUGGAUAUGCAGCGACAUAUAAAGGAAUUCUGAGAGAACACUUAAAGAGACAUUUUGGCGAGUUCAACUUUCACUGUGAAUUGUGUGGUAAGGGCUGUUACUCAAAUAUGGAACUUCAGAGACACAGUAAUUUACACACAGGAGAACGGCCAUUUGGAUGCAAUGUAUGUGGAAAGAAAUUUAUUUCGAAGUGUUACUUAAUGCGACACAAAGAAGAUACUCACCCUGGAAUACAGAAAGAUGGCAGCACUAUUGCAUUCAUGGGCUAUAGCUGUGAAAUUUGUGGCAAAGUGUAUAAAGUGAAGAAGUCAUUGCAGCUGCACAGUGGUGGUCAUACAGGGAAGAAUCGAUUGUAUCUCUGUGACAUCUGUGGCAAAGUCCUUACAAGCAAUGUAUUACUUGAAGCACACAAACGAAUCCACACGGGCGAAAAGCCGUUUGGGUGCAAUAUUUGUGGCAAACACUUUGCAGUGAAACAGGGUCUUCGAUUCCACUUGCGUACACACACAGGGGAGAAGCCCUAUACAUGUGACCACUGUGGCAAGUCAUUCACACAGCAAUCAAGUCUCGUUGUGCACAAACGUUACCACACAGGACAGAGGCCAUUCAGUUGCCAACUGUGCAGUAAAGGCUUUGUUACUAGAACUUUGCUGAAAAUACAUCAGAAGUCAAAGUGCAUAUGAGGUCUGCAAGUGAAGCCUUAGACAAUUCUGGUGGAAGCUCAGCAUGGCCCACAACAAAAACUGAUUCCAAC